GCGAGAACAAAGAGGUAUCGAUGUCACUCCUCAGAAUUGAAGGUGCCCACUUUUUCCGGCAAGGUUCAUAGAAGACGACGAAGAGAUAAUUUAAUUUUUUCCGGCCAUCUCUGAAACUCCGGCUACUAUUAACAAAUUUCUCCCCUUCUUUCAUCGUCAAUCCGCAUGCGUACCAGAUUUUCCCAAGAAACAUGACAUCCAUCACUUCCGUCGAAUUGAAUUACAUCGUCUUCCGUUAUCUUCAGGAAUCAGGUUUUAUACAUUCAGCUUUUAAUUUAGGAUAUGAGGCAGGUAUCAACAAGUGCUCUAUAGAUGGAAAUAUGGUUCCACCUGGAGCCCUUGUCACUCUUGUACAGAAAGGACUUCAAUAUCUUGAGAUGGAAGCAAAUUUGAACAAUAAUGAUGCUGAUGUAGACGAAGAUUUCUCCUUCCUACAACCAUUAGAUCUUCUGACCAAGGAUGUCUUCCAACUAAGACAAAUUGUAAAAGAGAAAAAGAAAAUUCAACAGAAGGCUGCAGAGGAGCUUUCCAAGGAACAAGAAAAACAAACUGCGCUAGCAAUAGAGAGGGACAAACAAAGUAAGGAGAAAGAAAGUGAGAAGGAGAAAGAGAAAGUCAAUAAGGACAAGCAAAGAGAAAAGAAACACGAGGAUCUUGCUGAUAGAGAAAUUCUUGUAGAUCAACAAGACAACGUUAAUAUCAAACUCGAAGAAAAUGGGACAUUUGGAGGACCUGAACCAAUGGAUAUUUCUACUUCUGCAACACCUCAAGCUUCUGGGAUUCCUAGUUCAGAUGUGAUAAUCUUGGAAGGACAUACAUCUGAGGUUUGCGCUUGUGCUUGGAAUCCAGCAGGUUCACUUCUUGCAUCAGGGUCUGGAGAUUCUACCGCUAGGAUUUGGACCAUUGCAGAUAGGACUAAUAGAUCUAGUUUACAAAAUGGCCCUGCCAACGUGCUUGUACUGAAGCAUGUUAAAGGUAACAAAAACGACAAAGGCAAAGACGUCACAACACUUGAUUGGAAUUUGGAGGGAACGCUCCUCGCCACCGGUUCAUAUGAUGGGCAAGCAAGAAUAUGGAAUACAAAUGGUGAACUAAAGAGUACUUUAAGCAAACACAAGGGACCCAUAUUUUCUAUUAAAUGGAAUAAGAAGGGUGAUUACCUUCUUACUGGAAGCUUUGAUGAAACUGCCAUAGUAUGGGAUGUAAAGGCGGAUGAAUGGAAGCAACAAUUCAAAUUCCAUUCAGGUCCUACCCUUGAUGUUGAUUGGCGGAACAAUCACUCAUUUGCCUCGAGCUCAACAGAUAGUAUGAUUUAUGUCUGCAAGAUUGGAGAAAGUCGGCCCAUCAAACUUUUUGCUGGGCAUAAGGGUGAAGUUAAUUGUGUGAAAUGGGACCCAACAGGUUCAUUAUUGGCAUCCUGCUCUGAUGAUGUCACUGCAAAGAUAUGGAGUAUGAAACAGGACAAGCACAUUCAUGAUUUAAGAGAGCAUGCCAAGGAGAUAUACACAAUCAGAUGGAGUCCAAGUGGACCGGGCACAAACAAUCCAAACCAGCAGCUGUUGUUGGCAAGUGCAUCAUUUGACUCAACGGUAAAGCUGUGGGACGUUGAGCAUGGAAGACUCCUGCGCAGCUUGAACGGCCACAGGGAUGCGGUAUAUGCUUUGUCGUUUAGUCCAAACGGGGAGUAUUUGGCAAGUGGUUCUCUGGAUAGAUGCAUGCACAUAUGGUCGUUAAAAGAGGGGAAGAUUAUCAAAACGUAUUCGGGUAAUGGAAGCAUAUUUGAAGUGUGCUGGAACAAAGAAGGUGACAAGAUUGCAGCUUGUACCAAUAACAACACCGUUUGUGUUUUGGAUUUCAGAAUGUAAACUGUUUGUGUUUUCCAUUUAUUAGGAGUAAUUGUAAUUCUAAUUAUUGGAUGGAUGCAUGUAUGUUGUAAUGGUUGGUUAGUGUACAGACUAAUUACUACAACAUCAAACUCAUAACUCAAAUCAUCAACUUCUUAACUUCUUCCUGUUGAAUUGAAUAUAUGUUAGACUUGUGAAGCAUUCAUUGCA